UGGGCUUCACAACGUACUCAAGAGGCCUGCAGGUGCUGUGGUCGCCUUGCCUCUAGUGGAGCUGCCAUGUCGGUGAGUGUGAAUCUGACUGGCCCAGCUCCCUGGGGCUUCCGGAUUACGGGAGGAAGAGACUUCCGAAAACCCAUCAUAGUAUCUAAGGUGAUAGAGCAUGGCAAAGCCGCCCUGGGUGACCUUCGACCUGGAGAUGUCAUCAUUUCCAUCAAUGGGGAAAGUACUUCUGAGAUGCUGAAUGUGGAGGCACAGAACAAGAUAAAGCAAAGCCCUGGGCAGCUGCAAUUGCAAGUGGACAGGUCACAGCAGUUUUCUCCCAGCCAGACCAAUGGCGAAAGUUCCCCCGAGAUGUUGGCCAUACGAUUUCAGGAUGUGGUGAGAACUAAAGACAACGGUCAGAAUUCAGUGAGAUCUUCCUACUCAAGCCCGGCGUCCGUUAGUCCACGGCCCACCAGCCCCUACAGUCCUUCAUCUCCUGGGUACCGACCUGGCAGCCCGUACAGCCCAGUGAGACCCAGUCUGCCCACCGAGAUCAGAGGGGAGCCUGUGAUAAACAGCCGCAGCUUCCAGUCAAUGGAGACUUCUCUUCAGAGUCAGCAGGAGUCAAGCAACAGACAGAUACCAGAACCAAGAAACUUCACCCAUUCCAGGGUGUCUCCAGUGACAAUGUUGCCUCCAUUAAAUGGCUCUCCAUCUCCUGGUAGAUACUCCUUCUCCAACCCUGGGGAGAUCAGGAAGGACCAGGAAAGAAGCCCAUCUUCCUAUAACCGCAGUUACAGCUUGGAUACGGAGCCGACCAUGAACCACUUGGAAGGAGACUCGGAGGUCUACAAACUGAUGCAGGAAAACCGUGAUACGAGGGCUGCACCACGGCAGUCCAGCACUUUCCGCCUACUCCAGGUGGCUCUGGAAUUGGAUGAAAAAGAGGGCACAGCAAGCCAUUUCCCCAGCCAGCUCUCUCCCAGUUUGCACAAGCCGGUCAGCAGCACUACAGCAGGGAACGCUCAGAAGCUGCACACCUGUGAGAAAUGUGACAGCCCCAUCACAUACCAGGCUGUGAAGAUCCAAGAGAACCGCUACCGCCACCCAUCUUGCUACGUUUGCACCGACUGUGGGCUCAACCUGAAGAUGCGUGGCCACUUCUGGGUUGGGGAAGAGAUGUAUUGUGAGAAACACGCCCGCCAGCGCUACCAGAGCCCAGCAGAGGGCGGCACUGUCCUGGCUGUCUAUUCCCAGUCUUAGAUGAUAGCGGAGCUUGGGAGGCUUGAAGAGGAGGAGGAGGAAUUGCAGUCAAAUGGAGAUUUCCAGCAGGGAUCUACGCAAAAGCUACUUCUCACCAAACACGAUUCAGCCCUUUAAAGACAUCUGCGGGAAAGGAGGUUUUGGGGGGCAAGAGGUCAAGGGCCACCAUCGCAACUCAAAAUGUCAUGCAAGGAUCUUUGGGGAAAGCGUCGAGGGAGGGAGAGGGCAUUCUUCAAGGCAAACGGCUUUUCUUUUCUUUCUUUCUAACUACCAUAGUUUGGGGCCAUCUUUCUUCAAGGAACAAAUGUUCGCUGGCGAGGACAUUUGUCCGUUUGACAGCUUCAGAAAUGACGGCUCCCCGCUUGAUGCCAAGUAGGCCUUAGUUCCUGCACUCUGGGAAGCGAUCGCCGUGCUUGUAUUAAUCCUGGUUUGUGUCCAGCAGCUCCCAGAAGCGACGGGAGUUUCUUAACAACUUGGUUUUGUGGCUGAAAGCACUUCUGUCUUGCCCCCGUUGCCAAGCGCUCCCUGCCCCAAGAUCAGUGGUGGGAUUCCACAUUUCUUCCUACUGGUUCUAUGAGAGAGUGCUUUCUGCUCCCAGUACGCCAGAACCGGUGCCAACCGGCUGAAUGCCACCUCUGCCCAAAAUGCAAAAUCUAAGACUGAAGGGAAGUUGGAAUCUCCCUGGGUCCUGGACGGCGUGGAUUCAACUCUGAAUGGUGACUUUCCCUGUGACGCUUCUCUUAAGAUAUUAAGCCAGAUCUCUAUGUGAAAUAUAAUAUAUAUGUAUAAUGUAUAUGUAUAAGUAUAAGGAUGGAUAAAACAAUCGGCCCA